AUGGUUGAUUCUCAACUUCAACUUCCCUUCAACUUUAAUCAACAACCCUUGUAUAGAAAUAUUUGCAACACUCUUCUGUCUCUAACAUACUCUCGCUCACUCCCCAAAGGACUUCAACUUCAUGCUCAUAUUAUCAAAUUGGGUUUACAAACAAUCCCUCUUCUCUCUCAUCACCUCAUCAAUUUCUACUCCAAAACCCAUCUUCCUUAUUCCUCUCUUCAAAUCUUCAACGACUCCCCUCACAAAUCCGCCACCACAUGGAGUUCAAUCAUCUCUUCAUUUGCUCAAAAUGAUCUUCCUUUGGUUUCUCUGGAAUUCUUCCGUCUCAUGCUCCGUCAUGGUUUACCUCCGGACGACCAUAUUUUCCCGAGUGCCACAAAAUCAUGUGCGAUUCUAUCGUCGUUGCCCGUUGCUCGAUCGCUCCAUUGCUUUGCUUUUAAAACUGCUUAUCAUGUUGAUCUUUUUGUGGGGAGUUCAAUUAUUGAUAUGUAUGCUAAAUGUGGAGAUAUCGGUUUUGCACGUAAUGUGUUUGAUGAAAUGCCGAAAAGAAAUGUUGUUUCUUGGAGUGGGUUGAUUUACGGGUAUGUUCAAUUGGGUGAGGAUGAUGAAGCUUUGAGACUUUUUAAACGGUUUCUUGUUGAAGAAGACGAUGGUGUUAAUGAUUUUACAUUGUCGAGUGUUUUAAGGGUUUGUGGUAGUUCUACUUUGCUUCAGAUGGGGAAGCUGGUACAUGGAUUGAGUUUCAAGACGAGUUUUGAUUUGUCUUGCUUUGUGGCGAGUUCUUUGAUUUCUUUGUAUUCCAAAUGUGGGGUUGUUGAAGAAGCUUAUGAUGUUUUUGAGGAAGUUACUGUUAGGAACCUUGGAAUGUGGAAUGCUAUGUUGAUUGCUUGUGCUCAGCAUGCACAUACCAGUAAAACGUUUGAGUUGUUUGAUAAGAUGAAGAGUGUUGGUGGGGCGAAGGCUAAUUUUAUUACCUUUUUGUGUGUACUUUAUGCAUGCAGCCAUGCAGGGUUGGUAGAGAAGGGUAAGUAUUACUUUGAGUUGAUGAAGGAUUAUGGUAUUGAACCUGGGACACAACAUUAUUCAACCAUGGUGGAUUUGCUUGGUCGUGCGGGGAAGUUAGACGAUGCAGUUAAGAUGAUUGAGGAAAUGCCUAUGGAACCGACUGAAUCUGUUUGGGGAGCUUUGUUAACUGGAUGUAGAUUACAUGGGAAUCCUGAAUUGGCAUCUUAUGUUGCGGACAAAGUUUCUGGGACAGGUUCUGUGAGUUCUGGAUUUCUUGUUAUGCUCUCGAAUGCUUAUGCUGCUGCUGGGAGAUGGGAGGAAGCGGCGAAAGCGAGAAAGACAAUGAGAGACUGCGGAAUAAAGAAGGAAACUGGGUUGAGUUGGGUGGAAGAAGGGAAUAGAGUUCACACAUUUGCUGCCGGGGAUAGGUCUCAUGCGAAGACAUUUGAAAUUUACAAGAAGUUAGAGGAGUUGGGAGAAGAAAUGGAUAAAGCUGGUUAUGUUGCUGAUACUUCUUUUGUGUUAAAAGAAGUGGGUGGUGAGGAGAAGAAUAGAACUAUUAGGUAUCAUAGUGAGAGAUUAGCUAUUGCAUUUGGACUUAUCACUUUCCCUAAGGGACAACCAAUUAGAGUGAUGAAGAAUUUGAGAGUUUGUGGUGAUUGUCACACUGCAAUCAAGUUUAUUAGUAAAUGCACUGGAAGGGUAAUCAUUGUGAGAGACAAUAAUCGGUUUCAUCGAUUUGAGGAUGGAAAAUGUACUUGUGGAGAUUAUUGGUAG